AUGCCGAGAUGUUUGCCUUGCUGCUGCGGCUUACACACAUCAUCAACGCCUCAAGUAUAUGUACCAACCCAUGUUAUGCACGGACGCGAUAAUGGCGGAGGUGGUGGAGGUGGAGGUGGAGAUGCUGGCGAUGCUGGCGAUGGCGGUAAUGGUGGAUUCAUCCCAUUCUCCAUUCCCUUGACAGAACUAGAAAGACGAGCACGCAAUCAUGCCAUUCUUUGCGUGGUUGGCUUCCUCAUAUUGCUACCCAUUGGAGCUCUGGUCGCAAGAUACUCCAGGACAUUGCGUUACAAGUGGUUCUGGGCCCACUGGAUCAUCCAAUUCCUCAUUGCAGGGCCUGUCAUAUUCACUGGCUGGGCAUUGGGUUACAAAACGACGAAUGAACUAGAAACACCCCACUUUACAGAUCCCCAUCAGAAAGUAGGAUUGGCACUACUCAUUCUAUACGUCGUGCAAAUGGCCCUGGGAGCCAUCGUCCAUUUCUUCAAACUCCCGUCUAUUUUCCGAGGUCAUCGCCCUCCACACAGUUACCUACACGUUCUUGUCGGACUGGCCAUAUUCAUUCUCGCUCAAUGGCAGGUACAUUACGGACUAUUCACGGAAUGGCUCCUCACUGGUGGUCUUCACCAAGUCCCAGAAUCGGCUAAACAUGCUUGGCUUGCGUUGGUUAUUGUAUUUUGGGUUUUAUACGGCUUGGGCAUGGCUCUUCUUCCUCGACAAUUUAAACAAGAAAGUCAAGCCCGUAAAGUCCGAAAGGAGGACCCUAACUCCACCAAUACCUCUGCUUAG